AUGCUUCUCCAGCCGAUCCCCACCGCCACCCUCGCCGCUCGACGGAGCUCCGGCGAGGCUCCCUUCCCCUCUCGCUGCCGCCGCCGCCGCUGUGUGCUCCUCCCAAUCCGCGCGGACUCGACCCGGAUCCCCCUCUCGGCCUCCGCCCCCUCGCGGCCGGCCAAGCCGGCCGCUUGCACCGCCGACGAGCUCCACUACGCCCCCGUCGACGGCGCCGGGUGGCGACUCGCGCUCUGGCGGUACAGGCCACCGCGCAAUGCUCCCGUCAGGAAUCACCCGCUGAUGCUGCUGUCGGGAGUCGGGACGAACGCCGUCGGAUUCGACCUCUCCCCCGGGGCUUCAUUUGCCCGGCACAUGUCUAGCCAAGGAUUUGAUACGUGGAUAGUUGAAGUAAGAGGUGCUGGUCUUAGCAUGCGUGACUAUGACGAUUCUGCUGCAUCUGGUUCAGUCACUUUUGAGGAUGUCUCUGGUGGUAUUCAGCCUCUUAAUAAACAGAGUACAUUCGAGGCUACAUCCCUUCAGAGUUCUGGUGGCUAUGCUAGUGAUUGUGAUGACCUUGGAAUAAUUGCUUUGGAUGAACCACCUUUACUUGCUGAGCUUUCUAAUUUUUUUGAUCGAAUAUCAAAGCUCAUGGAAGAGGCUGUAGUUAAUGGAAAUUUUCAUGAGAUCGCAGAAAAAGUUUCUGUUCUCUCAGAAAUGGUAGAGAGCUCUACCAUUAUUGGUCCAGUGAGAGAAGAAAGUCUACGUCUUCUGAAGAAUUUCCAGGACCAGUUGGAUUCAUGGGAGCGUUUUGUAGCUACACAGAUGGAUCUGACUUCUGAAUAUAAUUGGGACUUCGACCAUUACCUAGAGGAGGAUAUACCUGCUGCGGUGGAGUAUAUUAGACAGCACAGUAAAGCAAAAGAUGGGAAGUUGCUUGCCAUUGGACAUUCAAUGGGGGGAAUUUUGUUAUAUGCAAUGCUGUCAAGAUCUGGUUUGGAAGGAGUUUCGUCAAAUUUAGCGGCCAUUGUCACUUUGGCUUCUUCUGUUGACUACACAACAUCCAAUUCAUCACUGAAGCUGUUACUGCCUCUUGCUCAUCCUGCACAAGCUCUUAAUGUCCCUGCUGUUCCAUUGGGUAUGUUGUUGGCAGCAGCAUAUCCGUGGGCAUCUGGUCCACCAUAUCUUUUUUCCUGGCUUAAUCCUCAAAUAUCAGCUCAGGACAUGAUGCAUCCGGAGUUGCUGUCUAAGCUUGUUUUCAACAACUUUUGUACAGUGCCUGCAAAGGUUGUCCUGCAACUUACAACCGCAUUCAGGGAAGGUGGGCUGUGCAACCGAAAUGGAACCUUCUUGUAUAAGGAUCAUUUGCAAGAGUGUCAGACUCCUGUCCUUGCAUUGGCUGGAGAUAAAGACCUAAUCUGCCCUCCCAAGGCUGUUUAUGAAACUGUGAAACUCAUUCCGAAGCACAAGGUGGACUAUAGGGUGUUUGGAAAGCCACAAGGCCCACAUUAUGCACAUUAUGACUUGGUUGGAGGUCGACUGGCGAUCGAUGAUGUGUAUCCAUGUAUCAUAGAGUUCCUCUCUCGCCAUGAUGGUUGUUGA